AUGGACAUAAAGGAGAGAAUAAUUUUGGAAGUUGAAAAGAAUCCGGUAUUAUUUGAUAAGUCGAAUCCGAAUUACAAAAGAGCGGACUUGAAAGAAGACAUCUGGUCAAGUAUUGGGGGAAAGCUGGGAAUUUCAGGUCCUGAUGUUCAAACGAAAUGGCGAAACAUUCGUGACUGCAUGGCGAAACAUGUGAAGAAGAACAAGACCCAGAGUGGCCAGGCAGCUACCGCUAAAAAACCGUACAAGUAUGAGCAUAUCCUCGGGUUUCUCAUUCCAACUCUGGAUGAAAGGGCAACUAGCAGUAACUUAAACGAUGACAUUGGACCAGAGGACGAGGACGAUGGAUUUACGCUGGACGAUGCACAAAAUACACAGCUUGCCAUCGAUGAGGUGGAACCGGAAAACGCAGCACAAAGUCCGGCAACAGUGCCUAAACCGAGCACCAUUAGCCUACACCCCGACCCCCGCCAAAGAAAAGGCGAAAUUCUCUCCCCGUUGAAAGUGUGGAUACGGCCAUAA